AUGAAUUCGAUGCUUCACUCUUCAAAGAAGGCUUUUGGGGCCUCUUUCAUCCAAUUAAACUCCCGGAGUGUGCAGUGUCCACUCUCAUCUCAACUCGGAAGGAGAAGUGCUUCAACCACGACUGGUGAGCCCGUUGAAUAUGGCGGGUAUCCUAAGCGAAUUUGGUUGAUUGUGGGUGCCGGGGCUGCCUCAAUGUAUUAUCUCUGGCAUCGCGGCAAUGCGAGUGCCCAAGCCGCAGCCGGAGAAGAAACACAAAGCCACCAUGGGCCCAGUAAGGAAAAGGUCAAGUCGCCAGGGGACAGUGUGCAGAAAAAGGAGCGCGCAUAA